ACACAGCGGAACACUGAUCGCUGUACGGGACCUCUGUGUGAGGUCCCGAUCAUGUGAUCACUGAUUGGCCAAUCAGUGAUCACAUGAAUAGUAGUAAGCACUUAUAGAAUAGUAGAUGUCACUUCUGACAUCAUUGCUUACUAUGUCCCGUACAGCGAUUGAUGCCACGCGCUCCCAGGGAGCGUGCACAGUCCAAAAUGCGGGCACUGUUUAUGAAUGGCAACCCGCCCCUGCACUGCCACCCUCCGGCUGUUUAUAUACAUAGGCCAGACAGGAA